AUGGCAUCGAGAUCACUCCUACCUGAAACUGCAAAUUCUCAUCUCGAUGACAGCAUUGCAGCCGACAGUAUCCUCGAAUCUCUAGAGUCCCUGGCGGCAGGAAACAUUCCCAUCUCCCUCCGCAAUGAUGAGAAAAAACGCUUACGCUUUCUCGAAGCUGCUGAAAUGGCUUCUUUGAAGCUAGAGCAAACAUGGGAUACCAUGCAGCGGCUGAUCUUCUGUGCUUUGCCGCUCAACAUGGCGCAGAUGGGUAUUGAUCUGGGGCUGUGGAGACUCCUUUCUGAGCGAGGGGGAACGGCAACGAGCGCUAGUGAACUGGCCGCCGAAUUUGGCGUUGAAAAAGAACUACUCGUACGAGUAAUGCGCUACGCAGCAACGCAGUGGAUGGUGGAGCAGGUCGGGAUCGACACAUACCGGGCUACGAAUAUAGCGCACUACCUGUCAAUGUCAGGACUAGAGUCUGUCAUAUUCCAUGUGACCGAGAGAAAUAUUGCAGUCUACAAUGCGAUACCAAAGUGGAUGGCGGAGAAUGCGUAUAAGCAGCCUCAGGACAACAGAAACCUCCCAUUCCAACUCAGUAUGAACACCAAUCUACACUUUUUUGAUGGCUGGCGCAGCGAGAGCGGCACCAACAAGCCUUGA